AUGGGUUCUACAGAGAAGAAGCAGCUUAUCAUCAAUGCCUUCGCUAUGCACUCCCCGGCACACCUGAAUCCAGGUCUAUUCCGGUAUCCGACCGACAAGGGCGCAGAGUACAAGGACCUCAAACACUGGAUCUCGCUCGCCCAGAGACUCGAAAAGGCCAAAUUCCACGCCAUCUUCUUCGCCGACGUCCUGGGCGGCUACGAUGUCUACAAGGGUCCCGCCAAUCUCGACCCGACCAUUCCAGCGGGCGCGCAGUUCCCCAUCAAUGACCCCCUGUACAGCAUUCCCGCCAUGGCAGCCGCGACGGAAAGCAUCGGUUUCGGCGUCACCGCUUCCACCACAUAUGAGGCGCCCUACGCGCUGGCCCGGCGGUUUUCGACCGUCGACCACCUCAGCAAUGGUCGUAUUGGCUGGAAUAUCGUGACCUCGUACCUGGAUUCCGCGGCCCGGAACUUCGGCCUCGAUACCCAGGUCGAGCACGAUGAGCGCUACCGCAUUGCCGAUGAGUACCUGGAUGUGACCUACAAGCUCUGGGAGGCCUCGUGGCGGGACGAUGCCGUGACUUGGAGACAGGAUGCUUCCAAGAAUGGUCCGCCCCAGGGCGCUCUGGGUCACUAUGCUAACCCCCGUUCCGUGCGCCAGAUCAACCACAAGGGGAAAUACUUCCAAGUGCCUGGCCCUCACCUGUGUGAACCGAGCCCGCAGCGCACGCCGUUCAUACUCCAGGCGGGAACCUCGACAGCUGGCAAGGCGUUCGCGGCUAAGCAUGCAGAGGCCGUAUUCCUGCAUGCCCAAAAGCCAGAGCUGGUGCGUCCUUCUGUCGAUAGCAUUCGCCAACAAGCGGCCGAUCUGGGUCGGAACCCACAGGACAUCAAGGUGGUGGCUGGGGCCCUGGUGAUUGUGGCAGAGACCGACGAAGAAGCACAGGCUAAAUUCGAGAAGCUCAAGAGCUAUGGCGAUCGGGAAGGGGCUCUGGCUCUAUUUGGCGGUUGGACGGGCUAUGACUUGUCGACGUACACCGAUGACCAGGACUUCCGGUUCGUGGAGCAGCCCGCCGUGCGCAGUAUGGUGAACCACUGGGCAAGCACAGUGCCCGGAACCGAAGGCCAGAAGUGGGAUAAAAAGACCAUCGCUGAUUAUCUGACCCUGGGCGGCAAUGGAGUCAAGAUCAUCGGUAGUGUGAAGACGGUUGCGGAUGAGUUGGAGCGAUGGGUCAAUCUCGGCGACGUGGAUGGGUUCAACCUCAGCUAUGCCAGUCUCCCGGAUACCUUUGACGAUAUCAUUCGUCUUCUACUUCCUGAGUUGCAGAGACGCGGUCUUUUCUGGUCGGAUUAUGCCGUGCCCGGGGGUACUUUCCGUGAGAAUAUGUAUGGGAAGCAGGGCCAAACUAGACUUCCCGAGUCCCACCCAGGUGCCAAGUAUUUCUGGCGAGCAGGCGAAGUGGCUCCUCCCUACAGCCUGAAAGAAUCGCAAUAA